GUCUACUGUGGCAUUAGAGAGAGAGAGAAAGAGAGAGACGGGUAUGGGGAACUUGCGGCGUCUUCUCGCAACUCGCCCUCUGUUCUUGGGCUCACCUAUGUUUUCUCGUUCUUCUUUGAUCUCCGGCCCCAUCACUGAACCGGGCUUUUCUGGUUUACCCCGUGGAUCUCAUUCGUUGUUGCCCAAUUUACAACUCCUUCCGCAGAAAUUCCGGUUCCUCAACCACUCACCGGCGUCGGCGUCGGGUACUGGUGGUGGUUCGGAUUCCUCCUCUGUUCGUACAUCCGGAGUAGAAGAAAAGACGGCACCUUUGCUGCCUAUGCUGAUGAUGUUCCGUGACACGCGGGAACCCUGUGAUGGUUUUGGUAGUCUUGUUAAUUGUCCUUUCCUUAUACCUUCUUCUUCUUCACGAGGAGAGGAAGAAGAGAUGGAAGGAGAUAUACGAAGCGCUUGUCAUGAUGUAGUGCUACCGGAAGUGCUCCGCAACAGCCGAUGCGUCGGCUCUUCUCACGGCUGGCUUGCCUUCAUCAACACCUUCGACUGCGGCCUCUACCUCUCGAGUUUACCCCUCACUGCUGCUUCUGCCUCGAGACCCCAUAGUAAUCAUAAUAGUAACGCGCAAUCAUCGCCUUCAUCCUCCUCCUCCUGUUCUGCUGCUGAUCGCUUGCCGUCACCUGUUCCGCUAUUUACCAUCCAGCUCCCCCGCAUAUGUACCCUUCCUCACAUCAGUGAAAUCACAUACGAGAAUGUAUGGCCCUGUCCAAGUUUCGAAUUCUUAUGUCGGAAGGAUCCCCGGUUCUUUGAUGAGUCAGAUUACUGCGAUGACAUGGAAGAGUCGUUUCCGGUUAGUCCAAAGGACUUGAGUGAGACUUUCGUGCACAAGAUCAUCUUGUCGGCCCCUCCGUCGCUGCUCAGCUACCGCAACAACGAGGUCAGCGGCGGCGGCGCCACACUCGUCAUGGCCAUCCUUGGCGGCGAGUUUCGCGACAUCGCUUUCUGUCGGCUGGCCGGCGCAGACUCCUCCUCCUGGACCCUUCUGAACAAGGUUGAUCCCGGCGGCUACGCGGACAUCAUGUACUCCCAGAGCGAUCAACGGCUCUACGCCAUUAGGGAUUUUGAUCUAAAACUCGAAGCUUGGGAUCUCCGCGAUCCAGAGAAGACACGCGCCACCGUGACCGCCACCCCCAUUCCCGACCCGGACAACGUCGAAUUAGGAGAAGAAUUCGACACCUGCAAAAAGAAGUACUAUCUGGUGGAGUCUUUGGGUGAUAUCUUGGUCGUCCGUAGGUACGUGGCUCACCAGGUUGACAACAAUGGCAAGGUUCCGAAUCGGCCCUAUCGCACUGUCGAUUUCGAAGUGAUGAAACUCAACUCCGACCGGGAUGAUUGGGAAAUCUUGAAAGACCUUGGCGACCGCGUGCUGUUCGUGGGCCUCAAUCAAUCCGUCUCCAUCUCCGCCGCUGAGCUGAACCUGAGGCCGAAUUCUAUAUACUUCACCGAUGACUCCAUGGAUCUUAUGCAUAAAAGCGUGUUCAAAGAACCUUAUUUCUCGGAUCGUUUGCACUUCCGUGACAAACGUGCCAGUGGUGGUCACGACUUUGGCGUCUUCGAUUUGAAAGAUGGACGUGUCACGGGGAGGUCCUGGAGAGGCCGCCGAGGCCGAGGAAAUAAGGGGUUGUGCUAUCCUCCCCCUGUUUGGGCCUUCGUCUAGGACCCGGCCAACGGUCCAAAUUUUAAAAACACCAUCCGACGAUUGCGAAUACUCCAACCGCACCUUUGGACUGCAGACAAGCCUUAGUGCUCAUUUACCCCCAGUUUAAGUAUCUCUAGAUGGUUAAUCUACAAACUUAUUUAAAAUGAGUAGGAUAUUCUGUUAAAUGCAUAUUGUUUUCUGGUUUU